ACCCCGCUUGCUGCUAGCGGAGUUAGCUCGGCGGCUAGGAGAGAAGGUAGCCCGCAGCGCCGUAAGGACGACCUAACUUACACAAAUUUUACCCAAAGCAAGACAUUUUACUCGUACAGGUCGUGGUGAGUAUUUUGUUCCCAGCUAUUUUUCAUUUUUCCCUUUUUGUUUUGUUUUUGGAUUUUUUUUCCACCGAGCCUUUUUCAAGCAGAGCGGGCUGUUGCUAGCUGCUUGCUAGCGAGUUAGCUGGCCAAGAGACGCUGCUUUUGGAUGCACAGUAGCGCCAUUUCCUUUCUUUUUCACGCAAAUACGAUUGUCUUAUUUUUGCGAUAAGUGCAGUGGAGACUUUUCGACACCGGAGCCCAUUUGUUUGGCUGGAUUUUUAUCAUGUUAGAGCUACGCAUAGCCGUUAGAGCCAUGAGUCAUUCAAGAUUGUCGACCCGACCGAGUUUUGCAGGGUUUUUUUCGAACUCUUGAACUGGUGCUGUUGAGAUGUGAAGUGCACGGUUCUGUAUUUUUCCAUUGAUGGUUGGAUAACGUUAGCCAAGCUAGCUGGAGCCCUCCAGGGUGGCGCCGGGCCUGUGUUGCACACUCUCACCUCGGGGUGGCGCUGUCCUGGCGUGUGAGUUGAGGAUGGUUUAGUCCCAAAAUCACGAGGGGCGCAGGUGAAGGUCCAGACACCAGCCCAAACUGAAGCCCACAGUGUCACAGCUCAGACAGACGACAGCCCUGCACACAGACGCUAUGGAUCGCUCGCAGACCUCCAGCCUGAUGGCCAGCAGCAACAUCACCAACAAGACCGACCCGCGCUCGCUCAACUCCCGGGUCUUCAUCGGCAACCUGAACACCGUGCUGGUCACCAAGGGCGACGUGGAGGCCAUCUUCUCCAAGUACGGCAAGAUCGUGGGCUGCUCCGUCCACAAGGGCUACGCCUUCGUGCAGUACCUGAACGAGCGGAACGCCCGUGCCGCCGUCGCCGGGGAGGACGGUCGCAUGAUCGUGGGACAAGUGCUGGACAUCAAUCUGGCUGGAGAGCCCAAACCGCACCGGUCUAAAACCACCAAAAGGUCAGCCGGGGACAUGUACAGCAGCAGCUCCUCGUUUGACCUGGACUACGACUUCCAGAGAGACUACUACGACAGAAUGUAUUCCUACCCCUCCCGCGUGCCGGCCCCCCCGCCCCCGCUGUCCCGGGCCGUGAUCCCGUCCAAGCGCCCGCGGGUCAGCAUCAGCGGCGGCGGGAGCAGCCGGAGAACCAAGAGCAGCUUCUCCUCCUCGUCCAAGAGCAGCCAGAGGACCUCGUCCAGAACCAUGAAGAUGGACGAGCUGCAGACCAUCAAGCGCGAGCUGAGUCAGAUCAAGAACAAGGUGGACGACCUGCUGCAGAGUCUGGAGCGGAUGGAGAAGGACCACAGCAAGAAGUCUGAGAGCAAGAGUAUGAAGACGGAGCCUGGAGAAGUGACAUCGCCGCCUCAUUCAGGCAGCAAGGACGACGGCCUGAAGAGAGAGCGCAACAGUCAGGAGCUGAACGACUCCGAGGAAGGAGAGGAGAUCGACGAGGAAGAGGAGGAGGGAGACCUGCUGGAGGAGGAAGAGAUAAAGGCGGACGAUGACGACGAGGAGGAAGAGGAAGGUGAGCACGUGGACGGAGACGACAGCAUCAACGGCGAGGACGACUCGUAAUCCGGAAGGAGGCGUGCGGCGCCCUCUGGUCUCUCAGUAGGAACUGGCACUCCUGUUUUAAUCUUUCCCGUCGACCCCACACGAGCAUGACGCACCGACACGCACACUUCCUUCAUCCCAAACCUCGAGGAUGCCGUCGUUAGCUUCUCUUUUAACAAGCCGCUAUUACCAAGUCAGCGUGUCGACGCUCUGUCGGCCAUUUUGAUUUUAGUCUGUUGGGUUUUCUCUCAUGGAGUUUGUUUGUUGUGUGUCAUUGUGUGUCUUUGUCGGUUUUUUAUACUACACAUCUCCGUUUAACUGUAAAGGAAUAAAUUGCAAUAAAAUAAUUAAAAUUCCAGAA